UGAGCUACAGCCAGACAUGCUGCCGCUCCUUCUGCUCCUGCUGCUCUGGGGACCUGAGAGGGUGGAUGGCGUGUGGAAAUACCCUGAGGGUUACGUGCUGAAUGUGCCAAGUCAGGUGACUGUGCAGGAGGGCCUCUGUGUCCAUGUGCCCUGCAAUUUCUCCUACCAACGGGAUUAUUGGACUGACUCACAUCCAUCUUAUGGCUUCUGGUUCUUGGAAGGAUCCAAUACAAGAAAUGAUUCUCCAGUGGCAACUAACAAGCCAGAAAAACCCGUCCAGAAGGCUGCUUUGGGCCGAUUCUCCCUUGUUGGGGAUCCAAAGGACAACAACUGUACCCUGGAAAUCAGAGAUGCCAGGAAGAAGGACAGGAAGUCAUACUUCUUUCGGCUAGAGAGAGGGGAUACAAAGUGGAACUAUCAGAAACAUCUACUUGUGAAUGUGAAAGCCCUCACUCACAACCCCCACAUCGACGUCCCAGAGACCUUAGAGGCCGGCCAGCCCAGCAACCUGACCUGCUCUGCUCCCUGGGCAUGUGAAUCGGGCCCACCCCCCAUGGUAUCCUGGACUGUGGGCUCUGUGACAACCCUGGGCCCCAGAACCACUCGCACCUUGGUGUUGAGCCUCAUGCCCCAGCCCCAGGACCAUGGCACCAAUCUCACCUGCAUGGUGACUCUACCUGGACCCAAUGUGACCAGGAGAACGACCACCUAUCUCAAUGUGUCAUAUGCUCCACAGAACCUGACUGUGACCACCUGGGAAGGAAUUGGAGGAGGUAGGUAG